UUUCCUCCCGGGGGAGCAGAGGCGGCCCGGCGGGCAGAGGGAACCUGCAGAGGGCGGUUUCGCUCUUUUCCUGUCCCACCCAGUCGGCCGGCCCCCCACCCCCACUCGUGGCCGGCCUCGGCAGCAGACCGCGCGGCUCUCCGCGGCUUCCUGCGGCGGGUCCCUCCGUGGGUCUGCACGAGCCUAUGCGGUUCCCGCCCCCGUCGAGUUCAAAAGGACGCGCGGGGAGGCGCCGGCCCUUCCCCGGCAGCCCGUCCGACUGUCACGUCGGCCGCGGCAGGAACUGAAACCGAGAGCCGCCGGAGCUCGGCCCUCGGCUGGAGCCUCCCGUCGUGGCUGCUGGGAACCGGGUGCCCGGGACCGGCCACCCUCGGAGCGCAGCGAGCCCGCCUGGUGCCGAUCUGCUCCUUCCUCAGGGUGCCCAUCCACUUGCCGCAAUGUCUAGCCUCCCAGCCACGCCUUCUCCAGGAGGACUGAUGACCACCCCAAUUCUGCAGGCCACUGUGCCCCUGUCCCCAGAAGCUGAAGCCAGCACAGCACUCAUUGCAGUUGUCAUCACCGUGGUCUUCCUCACCCUGCUGUCAGUCGUGAUCUUGAUCUUCUUUUACCUGUACAAGAACAAAGGCAGCUACGUCACCUAUGAAUCUGCAGAAGGAGAGCCCAGCACCAUCCUUCAGAUGGAGAGUGACUCAGCCAAGGGCAGGGAGAAGGACGAAUAUUUCAUCUAGUGAUUCCCGGGCCCCCAGGAGCUUAUCCAGGCUCCAGUGCUAACACACUAUUUAUUAGAUGAAAGUUUUAUCUGAAACCAUGAGAAACAUUGAUUGAUGGGGGCAAACCUGAGCUCCUUUCAGGACACAGGCCCAAAUUCAGCAUCACUGACCCCUGGGACCAGGGACACGGAGAAAGCUGCUCAUGGUAUCUGUAGCCAGGCCUUUGUAACACACCAGUGUGUGACUGACCGAUGACGUGGAGCUACACCAGGCGACAUCGGAGUAUGUGCCGUCAUCUUCAGUUUUUUCACAGGUCAAAGGGAAGACGAGUUAGGGUCCCUGGCUGCUCCUGUCCCCUACCUGGUCACCUAAUGAUAACUGCAGCGGAGACAGUAUCCAUAGAAGUUCUUCCCAGAGGCUGGAUACCACAGUAAAAGGCCAGGCCAGGAGUGGUGGGAGACUAGAGACCUUACCUCCUGAUGAACGAGCAACAUCCCUUAAUCUGAGCCCUUCCUUUCCGUAUUCCCCAAGAACCUCAUACUUAAUGCUAUUUUUAUCAGAAUUAAAAUUUUUCAUUGAUCCAGAAAUCAGA